CAAAUUUUGACAUUUUGAUAGGAUAUUGACGUUGACGUUGACGUUGACGUUGACUGUGUGAUAUAAUAAACGUAAGAUAACCGUUUCAUGAGAAAAAGCCAUGGCGGAAUCAGUGUGUCUUGAGAAUCCUAAAAUCACAAGCCUGAUCUCGAGAGUUGGAAGUUUGCAAGAACUGGGAGGGGUAAGAUGCUACAUCACUGGAUCCGAUCACUCUAAACGUGCUCUCAUUUUUGUUUCCACUGUAAUCGGGUUUGAGUUACCUAGUUUAAGGGAACUAGCAGACAAGGUAGCAGCAGCUGGAUUCUUGGUUGUAGUUCCUGAUCUUCUGUAUGGUGACUACUUUAGUUAUGAUCCUCAAUUUGAUAGAGAAGGAUGGUUGAAGAAACAUGGAGAGGCUAAGGGAUGUGAAGACACCAAACCUAUUAUUGCUGCUCUAAAGAGCAGAGGUGUUACCGCCAUAGGUGCUGCCGGUUUCUGCUGGGGCGGGGGUGUGGUUACAAGAUUAGCUGGUUCUGGUAACAUUCAAGCUGCAGUUGCAUUGCAUCCAGCUCGAAUUACACAUGAUGAUAUUAAUGAGGUAAAGGUCCCUAUUGCUUUAUUAGGAGCAGAAGUUGACCAAUUUUUACCACCAGAACAGUUGAAGCAACUUGGAGAGAAGCUGGCUUCAAAACCAGAGUUUGAGAGCUAUGUGAAGAUAUACCCGGGAGUUGCUCAUGGAUGGACUCUGAAAUACAAUGUUGAAGAUGAAUCAGCAGUAAGGAGUGCUGAAGAGGCUCAUCAAGAAAUGUUGGAUUGGUUUACUAAGUAUAUCAACUGAAGUUUAUUGUAACCAGCGGUAGAUAUAUAUAACUAAAUCUUUGUUAUUACUUACCAGUAAUGUUGUUAGAAACCCUUUAUAGUUUCAUGAGUUCCAUUCUUAUUUGCUUA